UGUAGUGAACUGAACUGAAAUAUCUUCUUCAUUUCCAAUUUUCUAUUGUCAUAAAACCCUAAACCCUGAAUCGCAGUCUGUUAGGGUUUCCAUUUUCUUACCACAACACUACAACAUGUUAACCGCAAUCCUUAGAAGAACUUCUUCCACCCUCUCAAGGCGCGCUUUCCUGGCCGUGGUAAUCUCCGCCAGCAACGACUUCCGGCCACUCUCCCCGGCCUUCAUUCCCAGAAACUUCCACUCCAAAUCGGGUCUGUUGAAUUUCCGUUCUUCUUUAUAUCACCGCGCGGAAUAUGCUGUAGACGAUUUCCCUUACGAAGAAGGGUCUAAAGGGAACGCCGAGGAAGGACUCGAGAUCGCGAAGCUCGGAAUCUCUCAGGAUAUUGUCUCAGCUUUGGCCAAGAAAGGCAUCACCAAGCUCUUCCCCAUUCAGAGGGCCGUGCUGGAACCUGCUAUGCAAGGUCGUGAUAUGAUUGGUCGAGCUAGGACUGGAACCGGGAAGACUCUUGCAUUUGGGAUACCCAUCAUGGAUAAGAUCAUUCAGUUUAAUGCGAAGCAUGGGCGGGGGAGGGAUCCUUUGGCUUUAGUUCUCGCACCAACUAGGGAGCUUGCUAAGCAGGUUGAGAAGGAAUUCUAUGAGUCGGCACCUAACUUGGAUACAAUUUGUGUUUAUGGUGGUACGCCAAUCUCUAAGCAGAUGAGGCAGCUCGAUUAUGGGGUUGAUAUUGCUGUGGGAACACCUGGUCGGAUUAUUGACCUUCUCAACAGAGGUGCUCUAAAUCUGAAGGAAGUUCAAUUUGUUGUUCUUGAUGAAGCUGAUCAGAUGCUUCAAAUCGGCUUCCAGGAGGAAGUGGAGAGGAUCUUGGAAAGGUUGCCCGCCAAACGUCAGACUCUUAUGUUCUCUGCAACAAUGCCAUCUUGGAUAAAGCAGAUUUCACGCAAUUACCUGAAUGAUCCCCUGACCAUUGAUCUAGUUGGAGAUUCUGAUCAGAAGUUAGCAGAUGGAAUUUCGCUGUAUUCCAUUGCAUCUGACUUAUAUGUUAAAGCGGGAAUUCUUGCGCAGCUAAUAACAGAACAUGCAAAAGGAGGAAAGUGUAUUGUUUUCACUCAAACAAAACGUGAUGCAGACCGAUUAUCAUAUACCAUGGCAAAAAGUGUUCAAUGUGAGGCUUUGCACGGAGACAUAUCACAAGCUCAGAGGGAAAAAACUCUUGCUGGCUUCAGAAACGGCCAUUUUAAUGUUUUGGUGGCAACUGAUGUUGCCUCACGUGGGCUUGAUAUACCCAAUGUUGAUCUUGUAAUACAUUAUGAUCUUCCCAAUUCUUCAGAAAUAUUUGUUCAUAGAUCUGGACGGACAGGUCGUGCUGGUAAGAAAGGAACUGCUAUUCUUGUGUAUACAGAAGAUCAAUCAAGGGCUGUGAGGCUUAUUGAGCGUGAUGUGGGAAGUAGAUUUACAGAGCUACCAAGGAUAGCUGUUGAUAGUGCAUCCAUGGACACAGUUGGCAUGGGUGGUGGGCGGUUUGGGUCUUUCGGAGGAACUAGGGAUCGUCGUUAUGGUGACACAGGUUUUGGCCGUGGUCCUGGAUCUGGCCGAUCUGGUGGCUACAAUAACAGUGGAUUUGGCCGCCCCAGCUUUGGAGAUUCUGGUGAAAGGUUUGGUGGACAGAAUUAUAAUCGUUUUGGUGGCUCUGGUUCCAGUCAAUCGGGAGGGGGGUUUUCUGGUGAGAGUAGAUAUGGUGGACCAAGCUCUGGUAGGUUUGGCUCAUCUGGUGGCUUUGGCUCAUCUGGUGGCUUUGGCUCAGGUCAAUCAGGAAGUAGAUCUGGUCGAUCAUCCGGUGGGUCUAGGUUUAGUCGUCCAGAUGAUUUUGGGGGAUUUGGUGGUUCAGAUCGUUCGGGAGGUUUUGGAGAACUUGGGUCGGGUCAAUCUAGUGGCUUUGGUGAUUCUCGUGGUAGUAAUCAGAACAAUAGAAGACCUUUUUAACAUCACAAUAUAAGAAAAUUGCGCUACCCUUAUUUCUUGGUGGUUUAGUUCUUGUAGAGUUUGCAUCUGUCACUUUCUCUGAAACUUAAAGGCGGCUUCUUGGCCAGCCCUUGUAUUACUAAUUAGUAAGAAUUUGGGAAGGUCAUACAAUCAGAAGUUCUACGAGCAUAGGAUAUUUCUUUUCUGGGACUUUUGGCUCAGUCUUAGAUCUGUUAUUUUUUUGAAACAUCUAUAUAAAAAGGAGAAAGGAAGGCUGUAUUCUGAGGGUUCCACCUCCAUCCAUGGACAUUGAAUCUCACAAUGAUCCUGAAAAUGUGUACACACGUAUAUGCGUGCAUGAAAAGUUUUGAAGAGGGAGCUGUAUGAAGUGGUGAUUCAAUUUAUUUACUGUA